AUGUAUUUGGAUCCAGAAACAUUUCCAUUCAUGAAAUAUGAUUAUGCAUCCGAAUAUUUUUGGCUUUAUCGUCAUAUUAUAAAUAAAUUUUUAGUUAUUAUUGCAAUAAUGUUAUCAUUGAUUGGUAUGUUAGGUUUGAAAACAUUUUUCUUUCACCGUGUGGAUACGGCAAGUUUUCAAAUCUUAUAUGAUUGUAUUGUUUAUAAUACUGAUCAAUAUUGGAAAAGUUUGGAUACCGAUGAAAAUAUUGCAAUCAAAUGUCAAACACGUUAUAAUUAUUAUCGUCAACAAUUUGAUCGUGAACAUCGUUAUUUAUCAAUGAUUAAUCCUUUGGCUGAUCGACUGGUUUCCAUAAAAGUUUGGAUUGAUUCAUGGUUAGAAUUAGAUCAUAUUGAUCAAAAUCAAUUUGAAAAACAUAAUCGUAUGCGAUUGCUUUUAUAUGUAACCAAUAAAGCUCGUAUCUAUGUUUUACUGUUUGUAAUGAUGGCCGAUAAAUUAAUUUAUUGGUUACAUAUUGGUUUGGUAAUACCAGGAAUACCAGUAGUUUAUAUAGCUAUACAACAAUUUUUAUCAUUGGCUACAUUACAAAAUUCCUUAUUAAUGAAAUUAUCAUUUUUAUUGGAAGCAUUAAUAUUUGCACAUGAUACAUUUGUAUUAAUACAUUGUGCAAUGUUACUGACAUGGACAAUGAUUAUAUCAUUUAUUGCAUUUCAUAAUGAAUUAACUGAAUUAAAUCGUAAUUUUUCGGAAAUUUCUCGAAAAUCACGUGCUAAUAGUAAUAAUAAUCGUAUAAGUUUAAAAGAAAUAUCACGAUUAAAAUUCAUUUAUAAACGUCAUAAUAUAAUGUCAUAUUAUUUAAUUUAUCCGGAUCAAGAUGCAUGGAGUCAGGCAUUAUAUUAUUAUGCAUUGUUAUCCAUACCGAUCAAUGUAUCAUUACUGUGUAUAUUAAUCAAUGAACAAUUAUCACCUGAAAUACAAUCAAUAUUAUUAACAUUAACAAUUUUACAUGCAUUAACCGGUUUAAUACCAUUUCUUACGGUUGCAAAUGUAUCAAAUGAUUUUCAUCGUAUAAAAGAUUAUAUUUUACCAAUGCAAUUUCAAUUAAAACAACGACAACAUUUACGUUUAAAAUUAAAAUAUGAUGAUCUUUAUGGACGAUUAAUGCAUGGUAAAAAAAUAUCCUUUACAUUUGGCUAUCUAGGUGAUCUAACAUUUCGUGGCCUGUUUGAAGCAUUUCUCAGCUAUAUUGUUGCAUUCUUUCUGAUUCUUGGUUUCUAUAUGGAUGAACAACAAAAUAGACAACAACAACAACAAUCAUAAUUACACUUUUUUUUCAUUAAAAAAAAUCGAUUCUUUAUUUUUCUAACAACACUAAUCACUACAGUCGUCCGUCGUUUCGAUACAACGACGAACGACAUAACCGCGUUGUACGAGGGACGACU